AUGUCAGAAGAGGACAAAGCCAAAAAAUUAGAAAAUUUGUUGAAGUUAUUACAAUUGAAUAAUGGCGAUACUUCAAAAUUCACUCAAGAGCAGAAAAAGGCUAUGAAAGACCACAAAUUCUGGAGAACGCAACCGGUCAAAGAUUUUGAUGAAAAAGUAGAGGAAGAGGGCCCCAUUGAUAAACCAAAGACACCAGAAGAUAUACCUGAUAAGCCAUUACCUUUAUUGUCUAGUUUCGAAUGGUGUAGUAUUGAUGUGGACAACAAAAAGCAGCUUGAAGAUGUUUUCGUUCUACUAAACGAAAACUACGUUGAAGAUCGCGAUGCAGGCUUCAGGUUUAACUAUACCAAAGAAUUUUUCAAUUGGGCGUUAAAAAGUCCAGGCUGGAAGAAGGAUUGGCAUAUUGGUGUUCGCGUUAAAGAAACGCAGAAACUAGUUGCCUUCAUCUCAGCCAUCCCAGUAACACUUGGUGUUAGAGGUAAAGAAAUACCUAGUGUAGAAAUCAAUUUCUUGUGCGUUCACAAACAGCUAAGAUCGAAGAGGUUGACUCCUGUUUUGAUUAAAGAAAUUACUAGACGAGUCAACAAAUGUGACAUCUGGCAUGCAUUGUACACGGCGGGAGUUGUUUUGCCAGCACCUGUGAGUACAUGUCGUUAUACACAUCGUCCGUUAAACUGGAAGAAGCUUUAUGAGGUAGAUUUUACUGGUUUACCAGAUGGACAUACAGAGGAGGAUAUGAUUGCCGAGAAUGCGUUACCGGGCAAAACUAAGACAGCAGGCUUGAGAAAGUUAAAGGAGGAAGAUAUUGACCAAGUCUUUGAGUUGUUCAAAAGAUAUCAAUCCAGAUUCGAACUAGUUCAAAUUUUUUCUAAGGAAGAAUUCAGACACAAUUUUAUUGGUGAGGAAUCAUUACCAUUGGAUAAACAAGUAGUCUUCUCGUAUGUAGUUGAACAACCGGAUGGGAAAAUUACAGACUUCUUCUCAUUUUACUCACUGCCAUUCACAAUUCUAAAUAACAAAAAAUAUAAGGACCUAGGCAUCGGGUACUUGUAUUAUUAUGCCACCGAUGCUGAUUUCCAAUUCAAAGACAGGUUCGAUCCAAAAGCCACCAAGGCAUUGGGAAAAAGAUUGCGCGAAUUGAUUUACGACGCAUGUAUUUUGGCCAAGAAUGCUAAUAUGGAUGUUUUUAACGCGUUGACUUCGCAAGAUAAUACAUUGUUCCUGGAUGAUUUGAAGUUCGGGCCUGGUGACGGGUUCUUGAACUUCUAUCUAUUUAAUUACAGAGCAAACCCGAUUACAGGUGGCUUGAAUCCCGAUAAUAGUAAUGACGUCGAAAGGCGCAGUAAUAUCGGUGUCGUUAUGUUGUAG